AUGAUCAAAUCCCCUGAUGAGAUCAAAAGCUACCCGGCAACAAUCAAAGUGUACACACGUACCGGCGACAAGGGCACCUCUGCGCUCUUCACAGGCGAGCGUCGCAGCAAAAGCGACUCCGUAUUCACCGCUCUCGGGACCACCGACGAGCUCUCCUCAACCAUCGGCCUCGCCAUCGCGCACAUAGAGGGUACUGAUGCAUCCUCGUUGAUCACCCAGCUUGAGAUCAUCCAGUGCCUGCUGCAAGACGUCGGAUCAAAUGUGGCCACUCCCCUGGGGAGCGCAAGGGCGUCCAAGAUGAAGCUGAGCCGUACGAGGUUUGAUCCCGACGGAUACCAUUGUACAAGAAUGGAGCAGUGGAUUGAUGAUAUGUCCGUGGGACUGCCAGUGCAUCGCUCGUUCAUAUUGCCGUCGGGCGGGCUGGCCGCCUCCACCCUGCAUAUUGCCCGCACAGUGUGUCGCAGAGCUGAGCGCACAUUGGUGCCGCUGCAGGAGGACAUUGACAAGGAGACCAUGAUGUUCGUUAACCGGCUGAGCGACUACCUCUUUGUUGCCGCCCGUUGGGUCGCUAUGCAACAGGGCAUUACGGAGAAAAUCUACGUGCACCACAAGGGCCGCGUCACCGAGUUUGACAAAUAA